AUAUUUCCCAUGCUGCCUCUGAAGAGGAAGCUGGAAGCUGGUCUGUGUGACGUUGUUAUUUUAAUCAUGGUGCCGCUAGGGAGGGGAAGGGAAGAAAGUGCAGGCAACCCGAAAUACAGACAGGUUCGGCAUCUCAAACACACUGAAAACUGCAGAGCUCUGACGGUGGGCUUGCACUAAAAGGCAUCAGAUCAUGGGUGAGAAUGGCCCACACAAAAACAACCUGUAUUUUGAGGUUGAGGUGGAAGAGGAUGAACUGACCCACGAGGAUAAGAUGGUAGAGUUUGAUAAGAAUGGGCUGCUGCCCUCCUCCUCCUCUGGAACAGUUUAUGACCGGACAACUGUUCUCAUCGAACAGGACCCUAUAAGCUUGGACGAUGAGGACGACGAUGGUCAAUGUGAGAACCACAGCAUGACGUUUUUAGCCGAGGGGUCUGAGGAAAGGUUGACUUUCAUGGCAGAUCAUGAAGGAAUGUCGCAAGGAUAUGUCCAUCACACCAUCUCUCCGGAUCAGAUCCAGUUCAUUAUUAACCCAGGUUCUACUCCUAUGCCAAGGAACAUAGAGGGAGCGACCCUUACUCUACAUUCAGAGUGUCCAGAGACCAAGCUGAGAGAGGUUAAAAGAUAUCAGUGUAUGUUUGAAGGCUGCACACGUACCUACAGCACAGCAGGGAAUCUGCGUACUCAUCAGAAGACGCACCGCGGGGAGUAUACAUUUGUCUGCAAUCAGGAAGGUUGCGGCAAGGCUUUUCUUACCUCCUAUAGCUUAAAAAUUCACGUUCGGGUCCACACAAAGGAAAAGCCCUUUGAAUGUGAUGUUCGGGGCUGUGAAAAGGCAUUUAAUACACUGUACAGACUGAAAGCACAUCAGAGAAUUCACACGGGGAAGACGUUUAACUGCGACUCAGAAGGCUGCACUAAGUACUUUACUACACUCAGUGACCUGAGGAAGCAUAUACGAACUCACACAGGAGAAAAGCCAUUUAGGUGUGACCAUGAUGGCUGUGGCAAGGCCUUUGCUGCCAGUCACCAUCUUAAAACUCACGUCAGAACGCAUACUGGAGAAAAACCUUUCUUCUGUACCAGUGGUGGCUGUGAGAAGACGUUCAGUUCUCCGUACAGCCUGAAGAGUCAUGUAAAGGGUCACGACAAAGGACAGCCUUACGGGGGAGCUCUCAAUCAUUCCUUAUCAGAGGAUGCAAAUCAUUCACUUUGCCUAAGCGAUUUAAGCUUGAUUUCCACAGACUCAGAAAUCAGAGAGAACUCAAACACUUCCCAAGGUCUGGAUUUAAACAGUGUUACACCGGUGAGGGUAUUUGAGUUGAUGUUUCAGAGCCCAGAAAACAGUGUUAAUCAAGAUGACUCUCAACAUGCAGAUGCGUUGAUUGAAACGUUCAACUCUGACAAUCCGACUGGAUCCACUGUUCCUACUGUUGCAGACUCCACUUCGCUUUUAUCUUUUCCGAUCCAAUAUCCAACGUCAUUGCAAACAAAUGUGUUGGAACCUUCCCAGCCAACUCCUCCACCUACAACUGCCCUUCCAGCCACCUCUGUUGCCAGCAGCUCACAGCAAACCCUGUUUGGGAAUACAUCCAAUGUGUUGCAGACACCUGAAGUGCCUGUCCCUUCGAGCUCCCAACAGUACCCAGCCAGUCAGCAAGACUUCCUUCAGCAGACUCCGCCUACACAGCCCGUCUCACAAGGACUUCCGGUGAUAGCGGGAACUAGUGCCACUGCUAGCACAGAGCCACUGCCAGCCAUGGGGCAAACUGUGCCUUUAGCUGCAAACCUGACUAGUAACCCAACUAUAGCAAUCACCCCAACUCAGAGCACCAGCAUUCUCCAGCCAAGCAUUGUAAUGGCAGAUCAGAACCUGCAAUGGAUUUUAAAUGGUGCUGCAAACGCCCAGCAAAAUUCUGACCAAUCGCAGCAAGCUCCUAAGGUUGAAAAAUUGUUUUUUACCACGGCAAUACCAGUGGGAGGAAUUUCAGGAAACCCAGUUCAGCAGAUCGGUCUCAGCGUUCCGGUCAUCAUUAUAAAGCAAGAAGAAUCCUGUCAGUGUAAGUGUUCUUGCCGGGACUCUGCUAAAGAAAAGGCAUCUAAUAAGAAGGACACAUCACCUCCCUCUCCUCCCCCUCCACCACCUCCACCUCCCCCUCCACCUCCUCCCCCUCUCCCUUUGAAUGAGGAGGACCUCCCCACACCGUCACAGAGCUCACUCCAGCAAACGAAUCCUGAAUCCCCGCCUCGGAUAGUCCCCUCUACUUCAGAGGGACCCAGCAGCCGAACCCAACCGCCAGACCCCCAGACAGACACCUUGAUAAACAUGGACAUGUCUGACUUCCUGUCUCUACAGAGCCCGGAGACUCCUUCACAUAUAAGCACUAUUGAAGCACUACUGCUGGUCGCCGAUGAUUUUAAUGUUGGUGGAAAUAGCGGUAACAGCUUCUCCAAGUAACAGUCUCAUUUUCUUCGUGGGUUUUGGAGGUCUGCAUCACGAGAAUAAGCCAAUCUGCAUCGAUGGCUUUUUUAUUUUUGUUUGAGGAAGGAUUUUUUUUAAUGUUUCCAUUACAAACAAGCAUUUUGUAAAGUGAAACCCUAACUAGAUAGACAGAAGUUGUUCAUUAUUUACAAUUGCAGGCUAUUGGGCUGUUAAAAGAAGAAAAAAAAAUACAUUCCCAGAAAAAAAAUAUAUUUCUACCAUAUGUGUCAUAUGUAACAUUAAUAUAUGUAAUAUUUUAUAAUACAGCACCCUGUAAAGUUUGCAGUACUAAAUAAAUUAGACCUAUGGUCCUUUAAGUUAUUCUAACCAUGUAAGACAUAUAGUAACCUGUUUUAUUCACCAUUUGAUUGAAACUUUGCCUUUUUUUAUUUAUUUUUUUGAGAAGGGAGAUUGAGGCCUUUAUAUCUACAAGAAAAUCUGCCUGUUUCAAAAUCCAUUUAACAUGAUCUGUGUGUUUUUUUUUCUCUUAAAUUUAAUUUAUAAAACUAUGUGUGUUUUUCUCUUAAAUUUUAAUUUCUCUAGGUGUGACAUAUUGUUAAGUACAAUGGAAUCUGUUGGCAGAAAUCUGAAUUCAAAUAGUUUAUUGCUAAUGUCUUGCUGUGUGUGUGCCUAAAAUGGUAUUUGUAACAAUACAAAUAUAGUAUAUAAUUAGACCUGGGGAUAAUUAUUACAAUUAAAGCAUAAUUGUUGGCUGAAAUUACCAUUACAAUGCUAGUUUGUUCAAUUACAAUUACGCUGCAGUAAUUGCAAUUAUAACUAGUAUUGCACUAAAAAGUUACAUAAAUAGCUGCACACAUUAGUGUUUACUCUGUUUAUUCUACCAAGCGGUAAUCACGGGUACAAAUUCAGAAACACACUAUAUGUUUUUUCAAACAAAUGGGGUCGCUGAAAGUGGUUGAGAAUAUGAGAAGAAUGUUCGCUCAGUGUGAAACUGUGAAUGAUAAAGCUAGGAAAGGUGUGUAAUUGAUUUGUAAUUGAUCAAUAUGGUAAUUACAAUUACUCAGGUGUGCCAAGGUUCAAUUACAAUUGUAAUUGCAAUUAAUUACAAAUUACACACUUACACUUUAAUUGACCCCAGGUCUGUAAUGUGAUCAACUAAAAACAUGUUUGAAAAAGCUAUAUUUCAUUUAAUGUUUCCUUUUAAACCCUGAACUAAAAUAAUUGCCUCACCUGACCUUGAACUAGCAGGGAGAAAUAAAUUGAAGUAUGUACUUACUGUGACAAAUGUAGGAGACUUGUAUAGAUACUGUCCUUUAUACUUAGUCCUUUUGAAACAUUUUAAAUGAUCUGUUUGGAUAUUUCUCUAAAGAAAAAUGCUUUAUCCUUUAUGGAAACAGUAGUGUUUGAACUUUCAAUCGGCAAGAGAAACUGGUAGAUUUAGGUUGCAAGACCUUUAGAUUACCUUGAUUCCGACUGCUUGGUACCAACAGUAGAGGAAGCUGACAUGGCACAAAGGCCACCUAUGAUUCAGUUCAAUUAAAUACUAUGCUGCUUUUGGGUGGCCCCAGUUGAAAUUUUGUAACCAAGAUAGAUUAAUUCAAAUGUAAAGAAUACAUAUUCUUAAGCAUUGAAGGUCACACCUGUGCUGGGAUAUCUAAAACAGCUGACAGAUACUAGAUCUAUGAGAUAGGAAUCUUUGGGUAAGAAUGAAAUGUGAGUUGCCAGGUUAUGCACCAUGCACUAGUAUUGAGGCAUACAAGCACUUUAAGUUACUAUAUCUGUUCUGGCAACUGAUGACUUUUGCACCAUUUAAAUGGACAUUUCUUUCAAGUUUUUUUUGUUUGUUUUUGUGUAUGUGUAACUAUUUUUUUUUAUUUUAUUUUUAGCAUUUUUGAAUGAAGUUCCAUUUUUGCAGAUGUGCAAAGAUAUCAUUAUUCCUGUGCUGCAGCAACACAUCUUCUCCCUGUAGACAGAUAUUCUGCCUUUCAAACCCUCAGUGUUAAGUUUUUUCCUAGAAUAUUUAUGACAGCGUCCUGCCGUAAAUCAGUCAUGUGAUGUGACUGUUGUGGUUUUUAAAAUGCAACACAGCAGAAUAUCUGGGUCUGUAUGUAAUUUACAGUACAUUUGUAAAGGAAAAAUGUAUUCCAAUACAGAAUCAAAAUUGUUAUGGUACUACUGCCCAUCUAUUUUCCUAAUGCAAUUAGAGUUAUUCUACAGAUUUUCUACAAGUUUUGGUUCAAAUUGGUAACAUUUAACAACAUAUUUUUUCAUAUUUGGAGGUCUGCAUUAACUACCUUUUAUAUUUAUAGCUUCAGAAUUAAAUAAUCUAUGCAAACCUUGUUGAAACUAAUAGCUAAAGGGUUUUUUUUCUCUCUCUCUCUCUCUCUCUCUCUCUCUCUCUCUCUCUCUCACUCUCUUCAAUUGAAGCCAACCGUGUUCUUGUCAGCAUUUGCAUUUUUUUAUUUAACAAAAUGCAUUGCUAGAAAUGAUUCCUGAAACCUAAAUGUAAACAAUACCUGUAGAUUUAGAACACUGAGAUUUGCAGGUUUUUUUUAUUUUAUUUAUUAUUUUGGACUAAUUACCAGUAUAUUUGUUUAAAACUAUAUUUUGAUGUUGAUUUAGUUUAUGGUUAAUGGAUUAUUGGAUUUUGGGUUCUUCUCAAACAUCCUAUAUUCAAACCAUCAGUGUUUGUUUAAUAAGUCAUACCACACAUGCAAAUGACAACAUGUUAUGAGUAUAUAAAUAUCAAAUUGACCUUGAAUUAUCACAAACCGAGGGAUGGCAGCUGGUCUGUUUUGCCAUGCAGAGAUCCAUGUUUUCCACAUCAUCUUGUCUAUGUAGUUCAAAUCUUAAUGUGUUAGGAUGUGUCUGACUGAAGUAUCCUAACUGUAUAUUAUAUGUACUGUACUAAAAUGUUUUAACCUGAUAAUAUGUAUGGUACCUUAAAAGCAAAAUUAGAGACAGUAUGCAUUAUUAUGUUAAAGGAUUAACAUUUGUAUCUGUUCUGGACCAUAAAAUCAUAUUUUUUUUUUUAAUAUAAAAGCACAGUUAAAAACUCUGCAGUAUGUUUCUGUGUUGGCAGUCAAUGUGGUUUUAGACAGCAUAUUCUUCUAUCAAUAUUUCAGUAAUGCAGUUAUUAAUUUAAUACUAAUAAUUUACAAAUGUUACUCGUGUGUAACUUUUUUUUCAUGAAAAAAAGAAUGUUCCUAGAUAUAUUUUCUUUAAUGAUUAUUUAGAAUUUGAUAGCAUUCAAUAAAAUCAACAAGGUUAUUUGAUAACACUCUAUACAAGUGUAAAUACAGUUAACGACAGCUAGUGAUUCCAAGUAUAACUCCCAAAUCCUCCAAAGUACACCAUUAAUCUGUGUUAAAAGGUCAAAAUCAAAAUUGUUUAGUUUGAUACAUUUAUUAUUUAGCCAUAGUCUGUGACAGUUGUAUUAAGGCACUUUUUUUUUUUUUUUUUUUCUAAGAAAAGGGUACUGGGAAAACAAAUUUGGUUAUUUGUCGAAAAAGAUGUUUGCAAAUUUUAAACAAAAUUCUGUUAUAAGAAUUAUUUGGGUCAGUUUGCAUGUUCUAAUAAAGAUUAUAUUGUUAUGUUAUAUUAUGUUUAUGGGACAAAUUAAUUCUCCUGAGGAGAAGAAAGAUAAGUCUAUAUAUAACUUGUCCAUUUUUUUUCUUGACUUUUUUGGUAUGUAUAAAUUAUAUAUAUAUAUAUAUAUAUAUAUAUAUAUAUAUAUAUAUAUAUAUAUAUAUAUAUAUAUAUAUAUAAUGCAGAUUUAACCAGAUUCUAUAGAGAGAGUAUGACCUGUUGUGCAGUCUCCAUGUUUAAUUCUUCAGUUACUGAUGUUUGUAAACCAAUAAUACUUGCCAGAAAUUUUGCUUGGCUUAAGGUUUAGAGGUAUUGAGCCCUGUCGUUUAGUCUUCACAAUGUAGUGUUGUAAAUUGAACUGCUGAAAUUGAUUGGGGGUGGGGGGAGAUAAACAGUAAAGGUUCUAGUACAGGUGAUGGAGAUGCAAUCAUUUCAACACUUCCUGUCCUAAUAGGUGUGUUCAGAUCUUUUGAAUAUGUCCACUUGGGUGAAAGGAUGUUGAAAAACAAAAAUACUUCCAACUGAAGACAAUGUCUCCCAACCCAGAGUGAAAUGAUUUAACAUUGUAAAGGAUUUGUAUUUUUAAAGAAUGUAAAAUGUGAAAAACCGGUUUUGCUUAAUUGCUUGUUUUGUAUAAAGUUAUAUUGUAUUAUGGUUUAAAAUGCUGAAUAAUGGAAAUUUAACAUUUUUGGAAUGGAAAGCAAUUAAAUCCUAUACUAACUUA